CGUGACUUACCAUUGACCAAUGACGUGUUCUAUCUUUUCGAAAACUGGACUUGGCUGGAUAUUCAUAAAAUAAAAUAAAUUUCAUUGUAUUUAGUUUUAAGUUGUGUUAUGAAAAUUAUCUCAUCGACGUGUCCUAAAAUUUUGAAUCUAAAAAUAUGGCUACCUAUGAAGAAUAUAUAGAACAAAAUGAGGCACGUGAUGGAGUGCGAUUGUCAUGGAAUGUAUGGCCUGCCAGCAGAUUAGAAGCUACUCGUUUGGUUGUACCAGUAGGAUGUCUGUAUCAACCAUUAAAAGAAAAACCAGAAUUGCCACCAAUUCAGUAUGAUCCUGUAUUAUGUACACGAAAUACUUGCCGAGCAAUUCUUAAUCCCCUAUGUCAAGUUGAUUACAGAGGGAAAAUGUGGAUAUGUAACUUCUGUUUUCAGUGUAACUCAUUUCCUCCACAAUAUGGAGCUAUUUCAGAACAACAUCAACCAGCUGAACUCAUACCAUCCUUUUCUACUAUUGAAUAUACUAUAACAAGAAUGAAAACUAUGCCACCAAUAUUUUUAUUUGUAGUGGAUACUUGUAUGGAUGAUGAUGAAUUAGGCGCACUUAAAGAUUCAUUACAAAUGUCUCUUAGUUUAUUACCUCCAAAUGCACUUGUUGGACUUAUCACAUUUGGUAAUGUUGUCCAGGUGCAUGAGUUAGGAUGUGAUGGUAUUUCUAAAUCCUAUGUAUUUAGAGGUACCAAAGAUUUACCUCCAAAACAAAUUCAGGAUAUUUUAGGAAUUGGAAAAUAUGCGACUCCUGCUGCUCAACCUGGAGUGACACCUCAACAACAACAGCAACAGCAAAUGAAUAUUCCUGCUAAUAGAUUUAUACAACCAGUACAAAAUUGUGAUGUAAAUAUGUCAGACUUAUUAAGUGAACUGUUAAAAGAUCCCUGGCCAGUAACUCAAGGAAUGAGACCGUUACGGAGUACUGGUAUGGCAUUAUCUAUCGCUGUUAGCUUAUUAGAGUCUACUUAUCCACAUGUUGGUGCUCGUAUUAUGUUAUUUGUUGGCGGAGCUUGUUCUCAAGGACCUGGUCAUGUAGUUAAUGAAAAAUUAUCAGACACAAUUCGUUCUCAUGAUCAAAUUAUGAAAGACAAUGCUCCAUAUGUAAAAAAAGCUACCAAACAUUAUGAUAGUAUUGCUGUCAGAGCUGCUACAAAUGGUCAUACAAUUGAUAUUUAUGCAUGUGCAUUAGAUCAAACUGGACUGAUGGAAAUGAAACAAUGUUGUAAUUCAACAGGGGGUCAUAUGGUAAUGGGUGAUUCAUUUAACUCAUCUUUAUUCAAACAAACAUUCCAGAGAGUGAUGGCAAGAGAUCAUGAAAAUAAUUUAAAAAUGGCAUUUAAUGCUAACAUAGAAGUAAAAACUUCAAGAGAGAUAAAAAUAAUGGGAGCUAUUGGCCCAUGUGUUUCACUAAAUGUAAAAAAUUCAUGUGUAUCAGACUGCGAUCUAGGUUUGGGUGGUACUUGUCAAUGGAAAAUGUGCAGUCUAAUGCCAAAUACAACUUGUGCAUUUUUCUUUGAAAUAGUCAAUCAACAUGGGUCACCUAUACCACAAGGAGGACGUGGUUGUAUUCAAUUUAUAACACAAUAUCAACAUUCCAGUGGACAAAAAAGAAUUCGAGUUACUACAUUAGCUAGAAAUUGGGCUGAUCCUGUACAAAAUAUGAUGCAUGUAACUGCUAGUUUUGAUCAAGAAGCUUCUGCUGUAUUAAUGUCUCGCAUGGUAGUUAAUCGUGCAGAAACUGAAGAUAGUCCAGAUGUUAUGCGAUGGGCAGAUAGAACACUUAUACGUUUGUGUCAGAAAUUUGGAGAAUAUCAAAAAGAUGAUCCAAACAGUUUUCGACUUCCUGAAAAUUUUAGCUUAUAUCCUCAAUUUAUGUACCACUUGCGAAGAUCGCAGUUCUUACAAGUUUUCAAUAAUAGUCCUGAUGAAACUUCAUACUAUAGACAUAUGUUGAUGCGUGAAGAUGUCACUCAAAGCUUAAUAAUGAUUCAACCUAUUUUGUAUAGUUAUAGUUUUAAUGGUAGACCAGAACCUGUACUCUUAGAUACAAGCAGUAUUCAACCAGAUAAAAUAUUAUUGAUGGAUACAUUUUUCCAUAUUUUGAUAUUCCAUGGCGAGACAAUUGCUCAAUGGAGAGCUAUGGAUUAUCAAAAUAGACCAGAGUACAGUAAUUUUAAACAAUUACUUCAAGCACCAGUUGAUGAUGCUCAAGAAAUCUUAAAAACAAGGUUUCCAAUGCCUCGUUAUAUCGACACAGAACAAGGCGGUAGUCAGGCAAGAUUUUUAUUAUGUAAAGUAAAUCCAUCUCAAACACAUAAUAAUAUGUAUGCUUAUGGUGGUGAUGGUGGAGCACCAGUUUUGACUGAUGAUGUCAGCCUUCAACUUUUCAUGGAACAUCUUAAAAAGUUAGCAGUCUCAUCAAAUGCUUAGAAUUAUUUUAUUAAAUGUUUAUUGCCGUGUUGUUAUUUUGAAAUAUAUUUUAUUAUUUAUAUGUAUUCAA